AUGCUGCCAACUCUCACCAUCGGUGUGAUGGUCUCUACACGCCAUGCGGGGGUUUCUCUGCCAUCCCGCUGCCACGCCUUCACAAUCCACUCUUUUCUCUGCUCCUUUGGUUGCUUUUCACCGUUGCUGCUGCUGCUGCUGCUGCUGCUGCUGUUGGUGCCUGCUACACCACACCACUCUACACACGUACACGUGAACCGUUGCCGUAUAAGAGGUGGAACGCAGACACGCAGCACGCUGCGGUGGAGAACGAAAUCACAAGAACAAGAGGCGUUUGAAGCACAUGCGAGUGCGGACAAGGCGUGA